CCCAAGAAUCAGGAAAGUACUUUUAACGGCUAUAAACAGUCUCUGAAUAGAACAUUCAACCAGAGACAAGAAGUCCAGAGUCAUCUGAAGAACUGGUGAAGACCAAGCAGCUACCUGCUACAGCUGGGACUAAGGGUCAGAGGUCAUCUUGAGAUAGCAAAGAACACACUGGUCACCAUGAACCGUCCAGCUCCAGUGGAACUGUGCCACAAGAACAUGAGAUUCCUGAUCACACACAACCCCACAGACAGCACACUCACUUCCUUCUUAGAGGAUCUGAAGCAAUAUGGUGCCACCACAGUUGUUCGUGUCUGUGACAUCACCUAUGAUAAGACACCACUAGAGAAAGACGGCAUCACUGUGGUGGAUUGGCCAUUUGAUGAUGGAGCCCCACCCCCCAGUAAGCUUGUUGAUGACUGGUUGAAUCUGCUGAAGAAGAAGUUUCAAGAAGAUCCAGGAAGCUGCGUUGCUGUUCACUGCGUGGCUGGACUUGGCAGGGCUCCUGUGUUGGUUGCUCUGGCUCUGAUAGAAAGCGGGAUGAAGUAUGAAGAUGCUAUUCAACUUAUCAGACAGAAACGUCGUGGAGCCAUUAACAGUAAACAGCUCACCUACCUGGAGAAACAUCGAUCCAAGCAGAGGCUUCGCUUCAAGGACUCUAACACACGCAAGAACAAGUGUUGUACCAUGUGAACACACACAUAUACACACAAACACAGAAUCUUGUACCCUUCAGCAGAUGCUCUCAGGAAUCCAACCAUUCAGCCUUCUUCCACCAUCACAAUCAGAGAAAUAUCUUUGCUUCUGUAGCCAAAGUCUACCCUGGGAAGCUCGGAAUACUUUUCAGUAGAACUCAUCUUUGUUCCAUUGUUUCUGGCUGUCUUUUAAUGAGGGUUUUCUUGGCAUGUUUGCUUUAUAAUAUUGUUUACUGUAAAGAAAGAUGGCAAUAACAGCAAGAGGGAAAGUUGCAUUUUAAAUGAAGUUGGUUGCAUAUUGUUCAGGCUUAUUGGCUUUAUUUUGUCCAAAUCUUCAACAAACACCCAUAAUGUGUAUCUUGGAGAGCACCUGGACAGACCUGUUUUAUCACAACUCAUAUGUUGGCCUUCAAAGCUCUAAUCAUACCAGACGUUUUGAAAAAAAAGACACAAAUUUUCAUUAAUUGCAUGGAUUUUCAUUAUGUCAAAACUUCACCAUUGUCAUUGUACAUAAAUACAUACAGUUUUUCUGCUGUUUCACUGUAGCUUUAUAUCAACACUCCAUGAUGCUCUUCCUUUAUAAUCAUCACUCAAGAAAUUUAGGAUCAUUUUCAUCCUAGCCAUCAAUGCCAUUCAUCUAUAAUCAGUCAUCAUAAAAUCAGCUUUUAAAAGUAUCUUUUAGAAACAUCAAGCCUUCAUUUGGUUUUGUUACAUCACCAUUUUAAUAUUGUGCUCAAAUUGUGUUUACAAAUCAAUGUGUGCAUUAUAUUGUGCUCUGUUUACUGACACCCACAGAAGGAAGCCUCACCAAUAGAAGAAGCUGAUUUUAAGCCAUGUGCACAUAUGUAUGAUAAAGAGGAAUUUAUUUAUAAAAACAAAUCGACACAGACAUGUAAAAUAGUUGUAAAUAAUAUAAAAUAAGGAUCUCUAUUAUUUUUCAAUCAGGAGAUCAGGAUGGACCCCUCUUCCAAGAUGUUGGUGAGAAAAUGAGUCUCUGUCAAGGAAGAGUCGAUUUCUGAGAUUGUAAAAUCCCUUGAACAAAAUAUUUUUAUUAUAGAUCAAGAUAUUGGUUUAAUCCUUCCGCAUCUACUCCUGUGCAUCACUGUGCACAUCCUUUAGCCACUGUUACAGAAUACAUUAUGUUGUUUUGGUGGUUUGAAGUAUUUUUUUCUUCCUGAAUGAUGCAUGUAAUCAAUGCUUCUGAUCUGUUGUUGUUGUUUUUUGCUGAUGUUAGAGCAUGCACUUUUUAUGUAAUUAAUAGUUGCUCAUGACAUUCUUGUACUCCAUUAAAAAAAGGAAAAAAUCUUAGAUCUGAACUAAGGUCCUCAACAGCACUUUGUGAGAAUGAGGGCAGUCGCAAUUUAUAGAGAAAAGAUGAUCCUCUAUCAUUAUUUGAAAGUGUUAUUUUUUGACAAAUUGGCAGUAAAUCACUUGUUCAGAUAAUGCAUGUGUCUAUGUAUGUGUGUGUGUGUGUUUGUGUGUGUG